UUUUUUUAAAAAGCAAUCAGAAAUAUCUCCUGUGGAAGCUAUAGUAAACGCUGCUAUUCUCGACAGUGCUAGAGCGUUUUUUUCUGUGGGUGAGGGAAUCCCUAAACGUCAUCGCCUAGGAUACCAAAAAACAAAAACACCGCUCCAUGAACCAUAUAUGGGCACCUACGUCAGCGGAACUCCAGUGAGGGGCGGAGACAGAACACCCUUCUUUACAAAGCGGUCUUCAGAUGGCUUCAUUCAGAAGACGAGGGACGCCGGCUCGCGCGCACAAAACGCUGUUUAUUAUCGCUGACCAAACACGCUGCGGACAUUUUUUUCAUGGAUUUAUAAAUGCACACUUCGAAAAAAAGGGAAUCUUUUAGGGAUUGUGAUCUCGCCAGCCAGGGUGGACGUCUCCGCUUUGGAGUUGUAAACUUGUUUCCCCCCAACGCAGAACUGGAUUGCCAUCUUAAUGCAACUUUUUUGGAAAGACACGAAAGGCAUCUUGACUGACUCUUCAAGUAAAUCUUGUUACGACAGUGCACUAGAAGGCCAAAUCUUUCGCUGGGCGCCAGGUGACGUGCCAUUUUCGCCGGGAGCGAGCGCUUUCUCGGUUCCACUCGGCUCUGCCGGGGAGAUGUUCCAGGGGUUUCCCGGUGACCCGGACAGCGGCUCCCGUGGAAGUUCCUCUCCGUCGGUCGAAUCUCAGUACCUGUCUUCGGUGGACUCCUUCGGGAGCCCCUCCACCACCACUGCACCACAAGAGUGUGUAUCUGCCGCUGGAGGUGUAGGGGUGGGUGGCGGGUCAGCUGGCAGCGCUCCAGGGGUGGACAUGCCUGGCUCCUUCGUUCCCACAGUGACUGCCAUCACCACAAGUCAGGACCUGCAGUGGAUGGUGCAACCCACCCUCAUCUCCUCUGUGGCACCAGGGCAGAGUGGCACAGGUACGACCACCAUGACCCAGUCGGUGGCCCUGGACCCAUACGACAUGCCAGGGCCAAGCUUCUCCUCCGGCUCGGGCUUCACUCCUCCCAGCUCGGACACCCCAGGUCCCUUGCGCCAGUCAAGGAGCCGCCGGCGCACGCGUGACGAAACGCUGACUCCAGAGGAGGAAGAGAAGAGGCGCGUCAGGAGAGAGAGAAACAAACUGGCCGCUGCCAAGUGUCGCAAUCGACGGCGUGAGCUUACAGACAGGCUACAGUCGGAAACCGAUAUGCUGGAGGAGGAGAAGGCCGAGCUGGAGGCUGAGAUCUCAGAGCUGCAGAAGGAGAAGGAGCGUCUGGAGUUUGUCCUCAUCACCCAUCAGCCGAGCUGCAAGAUCCCUUACCAGGAGGAGCAGCAGCAGACGCCGGCUCCUCCUCCGCCUCCAUCCUCCUCUGUGGCAGUGGUGGGUUUGACUGUGAAGGAGGAUGCGUUCUACCUGCCUCCACCUUACUCGUCUCACCAUCACCACCAGCAGCACCACCACCAGCAGCAGCAGCAGCAGCAGCAGCAGCCAGUGCAGCAGCAGCAAGGGAUGAUGCAGGAGGUAGCCUUUUCUAGUUCUUUCUAUGGGCCGAGCCAGCCGGCGCCGGGUGGCCCGUGCCUUGUCGCCGACGUCGGCGGUAACCCUGACGCUGGCAGCCACAUCCCCUCAUACACAUCUUCAUUUGUGUUCACCUACCCAGAGGGAGCCUGCGGCGCCAGCGCUAACCAGCGAACCAGCAGCAGCGAGCAGUCCUCUGACUCCAUGAACUCGCCCUCACUUCUCGCACUCUGAAUGCCCUGACCCCUUCCUUCCUAUCAUUGCCCUUUUUCAUACACACACAGACACACACACACAUGCAAUCAUUCACUUUAUCAUGUGCAGCACAGUAGAUGUGCUCAGCCUCUUUGACAUUUUUCAAGAAGACCCUUUGUUAUUGCAUAUUCACAUCUUAGAGUUAUAUUUAUUGCAAAAAAAAAGUACAAAAGUUCUCACCGUUUCAUUUGUUCCAGCUAAAUGUUUUUUUGCACUGGUGCUUUAGUUGCUUAACUCAAGCCUGAAUCACUAUCAGAUAAAGUAUUAAUUUGUAAUAGAUUCAAACAUAGUAUCAAAAAGAGUCAGCACCUGUGACAUCCCCCCCCACACACUCACACAUGUUAAAAUGACACCUGGUAAUGCACUUAGUUAUAUUUAUCUCUCCUCCUGCUUGGUCUCUUUCUUUCUCUCUCUCUCGUUGCUCCUGCUUACUGCUGGUGUUUGAGCUCUCUUUUUCUCUCCAUGCUGAUCCUCUGCACAGUGUAUUUGUCUGAGUUGAAAAGGGGGCAAACACCUUCUGUGGCUUCAAUAUUUUAGUUUUUUCAUAGGCCAAACUGUAAUCCACCCACUUCUGCACUCUUCAUCCUCCAUCUAAUCCUUCCUUUCCUUCUCUGUCAUUGUGCCGGGACUUUUAAACAAUAAGGGACGUCAUUUCCCUCUACAAUCAAUCAAUCAAUCAGUCAGUCAAUCAGUCAGUCAAAUCACUAUCUAUCUCUUUUUCUUGUCUCCUGCAUCGUCCAUCUGCCCAUCUGUUUCUCCUCUCUUCUGUCUCUAUGUGCCUCUGGUACUCUGUGAAGCCUUCAGCCCCUGAGAGCCCAUUGGACCCUGAAAGCCCAUGGAACCUUGAAUGAUGGCCGGGCCACCCCAGCACCACAGACAGCCCCCCUUUUCCCCUCCAGCAUGGACCGACAGCCACACUGCACAGAGGAAACGCAGGAUUUAAAAAAAAACAAAAAAAAAAGCCAAAC